UACAAAAACCGUCUUGUCCAAUAUUUUUUUAACAAAUGUUUAAUAAAUUCCCAGUUUUUUAACACAAACUGCCAUUCUAUCAAGGACACAAAAUUAAAGACAUAACAUCAGUCAAGAAGAGAUUUUUCCAGGAUACUGGUGAUAUUACUGGUGAUUACCAAUUUCAUCGCUCAUCUAGUCGAAGGAUCAAAGGACCUCUGUGCUAAAUGUCAAAUAGAUACAGUUUGUGAAUAUUUCAAAUUUGGCAUUCAAUUUCAGAGUAUAGUACCCACCAGACGGCAAAAAAAAAACAACCCUUUUAAUUUUAAAAUUUUAAAUUUAAAAAAAAUUUCAUAAAUUGAACAACCGAAGCAGAUGCACCAGAGGAUUAUACUUUCCGCCCUCGAAUCACAAUGAGCAGCCAGCGAUCGAAAAGUAUACAGAAGGAGCGGAACUGCAAUGCCACGCCGGCACCCGGCAUCAUCCUGUGGCAUUCAACGGAACAAAUGCCUCCAGAGACGCCCCUCAUACCCAGUCCCUACGAGAUGAUGCGCCAUCGCAACUGUAAGGCCGCCAAGUUCACCCAAGGGGAAAAGUACCCAAGCAUCCGUUCUCCCCAAUCCAAAUGUAAUUACCCAGAAUCCAUUGCCAAUGUGGAGAGAGUCCUUGAGGCGAGCCAGUACUGCAUGCCCAACAUGGUGAAGGAUGAUGCCCUGGCUAUGUGGGACCAAGCCGACAACAAGACUAACCUCAAGUACUAUGGUGUGGGUGAUCCCUUGUACCUUCCGGAGGCUGUGAAAUUCAAUAGAACACUGUCGAAGAGUAUGCAGUUUGCCAGCAUGAAGGCGAAGAGGAAACCACCGUCGCCACCUCCGCCUCCGCCGCAUCCUCCGCAACCGGCACCCGUAUGCCAGCCCUACAUCCUCAAUCGCGAUGCCCUGAAAGCAGAGCUCCAGAAGAUGCCCACGGUCCAGAGGAAGCUGCAGCCCAAAUCGGCCUUCGAAGCACUGUACUGCAACAAGGUGGUGGAUCCCAAGGAUCCCUUCGGAGUGAACGAAGAUGCAACGAUUAUAAGUCUGCAGGAUGCUCUCGAUAUGAGGCGUACAGUGAAGCCGCCGAAGCACGGCCUGAGGCGUCACCAUUGGUACUGUCCCCCCAUUUGUGGCGAGACUGAGAACUCCUGCACCGCCUACGAGUGGGCUAAGUAUAAUCUGAAUCCCAGGCCCUACGACGAAGAGUUCCAGAAAUGGUACGCCGACCAGUUGUUCCCGAAAGAAGAGGAGCCCCACGACUAUGACCAGCUCUAUGAAAGAUUUCUGAAAUGUUUCGACAUGAAACCGUUUCCCGAUCCCGACUGCGUGGCCAUGCAGAAGUGCUGUCCGGAUAUGUUCAAGGGUGAUGAUCAAGGCAAGGGCGGAGGCUCCGGCGGUGGUACUGGCGAUGGUGGGCACGGAGGAACAGGUGGUGGACCCGAUUUGGGCGAUGGAGGAGAUAAAGGUCCGGGCAGGCCAAACAAACCAAGACCUGGUAAGCCAGGAAAAGGAGGAGAUGGAGAUGGAGACGGAGCCGAUGGCGAUGGCGAUGGCAAAACGGGUAAAGAUAAAGGGGACGGAUCAGGGAAGGAUAAAAACAAGACCGACAAGGAGAAGGACACGGGUAAGGACACCGGUAAGGACACCGGUAAGGAUACGGGUAAGGACAAGGACAAGGGUAAGGACAAGGGCGAUGGCUAUGAAGGUGACUCCUCCAGUAGCAAGCCUGAUAAGAGCAAAGAUAAGGGCAAAGAUAAAGACAGAGAUAAGGAGAAAGAUGUGGACAAAGAUAAGGGCAAGGGAAAGGGCAAGGAGCCGCCAUCCCUACCACAACCAGGAUCCACUCACUCCGUCAAGACCCCAACUGGCGAAGGCAGUAGGGGUUUGGGUAGUGAUACUUUCGGAAGCCGAGACAACUAUCGGCCAGGAUAUACCAAGCCAAAGCCGAAGCCGAAGCCGAGCAAGGGCAAGGGAAAAGGCAAGGGCAAGGGCAAAGGGAAAAAGGAACCCCCAAAACCGGAGGAGCCUGCACCGCCGAAGUGCCCACCAUGUCCGCCCGAUGGCUGUCCCUGUGCCAUCUGCGACUGCCUGUAUCCCAAAAAGGACGAGGACUCCCCGAUAAUGAAGUGUCUGAUGCGCAAGGACAAGGAACGGCAGCAGCGCGAAUACCUCAGGAUAAUGCGGCAUCGGGAAUAUGUGAGAUGCCGGGCCGAGUACCAUACCUACUGCCAGCACAGAACGGAUCCCAUCGUGGUCGAUAACUGUUUUUGCAAGGAUCCCAAGAUCGCCGACUACUGCGACUGCCUGGGCGCUCUGCAAAGCCUCCAACAGCUCCUUGGAAAGAAACUGAAUCCGAUCGUCAACAACGAGCUGCUCUUCAAUCUCGACGACCUGCGUGCUCGGAUCGCCCAGCGGAUGUGCGACUGCCUCUGAGAUCGUCUGUUUUGCAUAUCGGGUUUUACAUUUUAUAUUUAACGAGUCGAACUGUAUAUUUUUUGCCCCCAAAUUGUGCCAUUGUACAAAAUAUAAAAGUGUAUGUAAUUUAAAUGCCUAUUAUAGUCCAUGGGAAGUACUGGGUGUCAUAUUAUAGACAUUAUAGAAUCCGCACCUUGAAAACCCAGUUCCCCUAUCUUUAUCUCUCAAAUUAUCCUCAAAUCCUAAACCCGAAACCCCCAUUCGAAUAUCAUGAAUGACACCUAAAUUUAAAAA